AUGACGGCAACAAACAACAACAGUAACUUUAUCAUUUCUGAUGAACAAGUUAUUGAUUCAUUAGCUGAGGAAUUAGUUGUGGCAGAAACUAAAACCCUCAACGAAAGAAUUGGUGAAAACAAGAUUGAUUUACAUAACUACCUCAAACAUGAUGGAGGAAGAGGAAGGAAAACUGGUAUGGCUUUAUUAGUAAAUAAAAUUUCAAAUUUAACGAUUAUAGAUGUUGAUAUCAAUAAAUCGUACAAUGAUGAACUUAAAGAAACAGUUAGAAAAGACAUUUUAUCAAAACUUUCGGAUAAAGAUGUUAUCGUUAAAACCGCUUCAGGAGGUCUUCACAUUUAUUGCAACACUAAUUUCUUCUAUGCAGUUUCGAACAGAAUGAUUAAAUGUUAUUCCUGCAAUGAUUAUGAUAUUGACAUAAUGACUUCUAUGGAUGAUUCAAAGCGUUCAUUAGUGGUUAUGGCUGAUUCAAGAGUUCGCAAGAAUGCAACAGAACCAAUCAAUACAUACUCAUUCAUUCGCGGAAGUUACGAUUCAACAUUAACCAGAACA